AUGGUUUCACUUGUGCUCAUCCUCCUCCUAGCUCUCGUCGCCGUCUGCCCUGCCAACGGGUUCCGCCGCAGUGUCCACACCGCCGCUGCUACGGACCCUCGUCCUACGCCGUGGCGCCACCAUGUCUUCCUCAGCCACCGGGGACCCGAUGGCCGCCACACAUUCACCGACCACCUCGACUCAGCCCUCCGACGCAAACGAAUCAUGGUUUUCCGCGACGACCACGACCUCCCCCGGGGAGAAAACGUGACCAAGGCCAUCUCACGCGCCAUCGAGGGGUCCAUGCUGUCCGUCGUCGUGCUGUCCAGAGGUUACGCCUCGUCGGAGUACUGCCUCGACGAGCUGGUCAAGAUCAUGCACUGCAGGAAGGAGAACGGACACCGGGUUUUCCCCGUUUUCUACAAAGUGUCCCCGGACGACGACGUCGCCGAUCCGUCGUCGUCUGGGGUUUACAAGGCCGACUUUGAUAGGCACAAGAGGAGGUACAGCUACGAGAAGGUGAAUGGCUGGAUCCACGCUCUCCGAUCCAUUUCCCAAAUCUCCGGCUGGGUUGUGACCGAUCACACCUCCGAAGCUGUAAUGGUGGAGAAGAUAGCAGAGAACAUGCGGCGGACAGUGAACCAUAUGCUGGGUCAGAAAGAAGACCGCCAUGGUCAUAAUGGCAUUGUUAUGAUGUGCGAUACGAUUGGAACGAGGAGCAUAAGAUCAUGUGAAGAUGUUGUAGCCGCCUUGGCUCUACUCGCUUUCGUUUCGUUGUGGGCUGUAAGGGUUUCUAUAUAUCAACUGCUGACAUACUAUAAUAACUGCAGGAACAAGUGA